GCCUUCCACUGCUGCCGCCACCAUGGAAUCCAACAGGGACGAAGCGGAGCGUUGUAUUGCUAUCGCGGUAGCCGCAGUCAAGGCCAAUCAGACUGAGAAGGCCCGCCGUUUCCUGGAGAAGGCCCAGCGGCUGUACCCGUCUCAGCGGGUCCGCGCGCUGUUGGACUCACUCACCAAGAACAAGCAGUCAGUUGAUGGCCAUUCCCAGCCCAAGGAAUCAUCCAACCUCGGAAGUCAAAAAAGGACCGAGGAUUUUGCUUCGGCCAAUGGAGAAGCAGGGGGUGAUACCAGCAAAGGUUACACUCAGGAUCAAGUGGACGCUGUGAAGAGGGUGAAACAAUGCAAAGACUAUUAUGAAAUCCUGGGCGUCAGCAGGGACGCCUCUGAUGAGGAUCUGAAAAAGGCCUACCGGAAAUUAGCUCUAAAAUUUCAUCCUGAUAAAAAUCAUGCACCAGGUGCCACGGAAGCAUUUAAAGCCAUUGGGAAUGCGUAUGCAGUCCUGAGCAAUCCAGAGAAAAGGAAGCAGUAUGAUCAGUUUGGAGAUGCCAAAGUCAGCUCGACGCGACAUGGUCAUACAGAUUUCAACCGAGGCUUUGAGGCAGAUAUUUCCCCGGAAGAUCUCUUCAAUAUGUUUUUUGGUGGUGGUUUCCCCUCUAGCUCCACCUUUAAUAGAGAGCCCAAUGGAAGAAGACGCUGCGAUUACAACAUCUCGGUCCGCAACAGAAAGCCUCCGAGAGUGGUGGAGCCUACCUGGAGAGAACGCCAGGGAGAAUCGCGUAAUGUACAUGUAUAUAGCAACGGCAGGAUGCGAUAUACCUACCACCAGCGGCAAGACCGACGAGAACAUCAAGGCGAUGGUGGCCUUGGGCUCUUUGUCCAGCUGAUGCCUAUCCUCAUUCUCAUCAUUGUGUCUGCCCUCAGCCAGAUGAUGGUCUCCAGCCCACCUUACAGUUUGAGUCACAGGCCGUCUGUUGGCCAUGUAUUUAAACGAACGACUGAGCAUUUGAAAGUGUCUUACUACGUAGGUGACAGCUUUGCGGAAGAAUACACAGGCACAAAUCUUAAAAAUGUAGAGAGGAGCGUGGAAGACGAUUAUAUUGCAAACCUCAGAAAUAACUGUUGGAAAGAAAAACAGCAGAAGGAAGGCUUACUUUACCGGGCACGUUAUUUUGGUGAUUCAGAUCUAUAUCAGAGAGCACAAAAGAUGGGCACACCCAGUUGUACCAGACUGUCUGAAGUUCAAGCAUCAAUGCAUGGAUAGCUGUUGCAGAAACAGUCCAUAGAGACCUAAACUCUUCAAAUGCCUGAAGACUUUGGGGGAAGUGCACUGAGCCAAGAAGACAGACUUUCUAUUUAAAGAAUCAGUCCUUAAAUUAAAAUGGCAUUGGAGUAUUAACAACGCACAACUGCCCUCUCCUCUCCUUUCUCUGUCCAGCGUUAGACUUGAACAUCUCGUGAGGAGGGAAAA